GGGCAAGCUAAUUCAGUACGCGCGCAGGAGCGAGCUGCAGCCCUUGCAUCUACAGGAUCAGCAACAUUGGAUGUGGUGGAUCUGCUCACGGUCUCACAUGUUUAACAGGAAGGGUUGUGAUUGUAAAAGACGAUGUGGUAGAAAUUAUGGAUAUCAAUAAUCAAAAUAAUUAUCCAGAGGAAUCUGGGCACCAUAGCGAUUCAUCGUUAUAUUAUAUGACGAGACCAGGGGGCAAUAAUAUUGAUAAGGUUAGAAACCUACCUGAUGGCCACAACCCUCUGGAGAUGUGGUUCGCUCGUGAGCCCAACAAGUCCAUCCCGUGCUCACUGCACCUAACAAACAACAUAGAUCAGAAUGUGGCAUUCAGGCUUAUAGAAAAGAGUGGGACAUCAAUGGGCCACUUCAAGUAUGAGCAACUAUACGGUAUUGUGCCUCCCAGAUCCUCUUACACUUUGGUCAUGAAAAAGGAACAAGCAUCACUUGGUCUGGUUAUUCAGAGCAGUACAUCAGGGGAUAGGUACAAAAUGCUAUUCAAAGACCAAUCCAAGUGUGAUGAUUUCUUUUCUGAAGCGAAAGAGAUGGGAGAUUUGGUGCAUCAGGUGGCACUAAAAACUGUAUACAGUCCACUUCAAAUAGGGCUGACGACGUCUGAGAUCAUAUCCACAGAGGACAUCUCUAUUAGCACAUCCAUAGAUGGACAUCCAACGGAACCAUGGAUUAUAACCGGUCAUCGAGAUGGACGCGUUUUUUGGUGGAAGUACGACUCAAAGUCUAUUAAUCAAAGGCAAAUCCGAGCAUCAUCGGCUUCUGCAUGGACAUCUUGGAUGCACAGAGUUUUCCACCCAAAGUCUAGCACGCAGGAAUUGAUGGAUUCCCUUAAAAUCUCAGAGCAACCAGGCAUUCUUUCUGGCUCUUUUCUAACUAAGCUUCUCACGUCAUCUAGACAUCAUCAUAAUGGUAAUAAAUAA